UCAGCAUCCGAGAGGCGGGCACUCCGGAGAUCAGCGGCCGGAGGAUCAUCUCACGCCGACGAUGAAGAGGAAACACGCGGCCAGAGGCGGCUUGCUUCUGCUCUUGCCUCUGGUCCGGGCCAGUUGGUGGCUAUUAGGAAUGCCAGCUGCUUAUCAGACUAGCCUGGAAUUGAAACCAACAACUUAUCAGAACUAUUGCAGAAAGUUAAAUUAUUUAGUAGACAGACAACGGGAGCUAUGUGGAUUGAGUCCCAAUGUUUUACAGACAGUUGGAAAAGGUGCAAAGAUGGGCAUUGAUGAAUGCCAACAUCAAUUUCGUAUGAACAGGUGGAACUGCACAACGUAUAGCAACACCAGUAAUGUAUUUGGAGGAGUUAUCGAUGUUCGUAGUCGUGAGAAGGCUUAUGUGUAUGCAAUAUCAUCAGCAGGAGUAGCAUAUAGCGUUACGCGGUCGUGCAGUAAAGGUGAAUUGGGUGAAUGCAGAUGUGAUGAGUUGGUUCGAAAAAGAGACAAUGGAGGGCGCUGGAAGUGGGGCGGUUGUUCUGACGACAUCAAAUUUGGAGCUCGUUUCGCAAAAGAUUUUGUGGAUUCUGGUGAAGAUACACUAACACCUGAAGGACUUAUGAACACUCAUAACAACGAGGCAGGCAGACGGGGUCUCCGUUCAAAAAUGGAAUUGGUAUGUAAAUGCCAUGGCGUAUCCGGAUCGUGCUCAAUGCGUGUGUGCUGGAGGCGCCUGAAACCAUUUCGGGAAAUCGGAGACCUUCUGACUUCCAAAUUCGAUGGUGCCACAUUAGUGAAAGCAGUAGAGCGCAGGCAUAAGACAAAGCUUCGACCUGUCCGAAAAAACGUGAAGAGGCCGAGUAAAAAAGACCUCGUUUUUUUAGACGAAUCGCCCGAUUAUUGCCUGCGCAACGAAACGAUUGGCGUACUUGGAACACGUGGCCGGUUAUGCAACAGUACAAGUUACGGAAUGGACGGCUGCAGGCUGCUUUGCUGUGGCAGAGGAUAUCAGACUGUGAUUCGUGAAGUAGAGGAGAAGUGUCACUGCAAGUUUGUCUGGUGCUGUAGAGUUCAGUGUGAAAUGUGCAGCUUCAAAAGAGAAGAGCAUUACUGUAACUGAAGUGAUAUACUGUCGUCCAAAUCGAGCAAGUUGAUAGAACCUCCAUUUCACCUAUUUGUGUGCAAGUGCAGCAGUGCAAAUAAACUAUGGUUUUGCAAGGAACGAUGAAAUUAAAAGAUUAGUUCUUGUACGAGGCAAUGCAUUUGUAAGAAGCUCUUUUGGUUUACGCAAAAGCUGCUCGACAAUCGUGAGAAUUUUUGUCUCUUCUUCAAAUUUUAAAGUACGCACAUGCACUUUGAAAUCGAGGAUACAAACGCAUGCUGGGCGAAA